CCUGUGGGUGUCCACCACAGCUUGGUUACUCCUAAGUGUUAGUAUCAUUUCUUUUUGCCUUUAAUAUAAUUAGAAAAUAGUUUUUUUAAAACUAAAAAAAUGGAAAACUAUUUUGAAAACUAUUUUUUGCUUAUUUUUUUUGUCUUCAUCUUCUGAUACUGCAGUAAGGGGUUGCGAGAAUAUGCGUUUUUCUACAGGGGCAAGGAAUAGAAAAGGCAGGUCCAGAUUAAUAGGAAAAUAGUAACAUGAACGUAUGAAAAAAGACAUCACUCUGUUAUUCCCCGUUUUUAGACAGCAAACUAGGCAAGAGUGAAUCAACAGCGCCGAGGGAUACGAGGGAGGUGGGGGCAAGCUCUGGAAUUAUUGUUCCAAGAGCCACAGGAUGUCCUGAGGAAGAAGCCAGUGCAGAGUCGCACAGCAGCGUUCGGCAUCGCUCCUCGAGUGUCUCCUCGAAACUUCCCAAAAAAAAAGAUCUUUUCGGUGGGCCGAAAAACGCGCCGUCCCCCUGGAAUUUGCCGUCCCCGAGGGAAAAUGGAAGUCAAAAUCUCGAAGGCUAGCGUGCUUACUGUACAUGACCUUUUUUAAGGUAAGCGGGGAGAGUGACAGAAGUGGAGCUACACGCGGGUUUCCUGUUGCAGUGCAGACAGGAAACACUAUGGUCAACGUCACCGACUGUAGCUUUAGUCACAAAUGGCGUUCUAGCUAAAGAAAGUGCUUGCUCAAGAUUUUUCACCUUCGACGGUCCUCCAGUUUUUUUUUUUUGCUGAAAAACGCCCAAGGACAAGCACCUGUUUACGUUUUUACAGUGGGGAUUACAACACCUUGGGACAGGAUUUGAAUGCAAGGCUCUUGUAAAAGGCAUCAACUUCAACAACGUGAGGCUGGACAACCGAGACGGCACGUUCGGCGAGAUCCACGCGUGCAUCGACACCUUAGCAUUCACCUUUGGCAAUGUAGUUUCUGACUUCCUUAUGGGAGAUGUGGACAACGGCUCCGGGUUGGGGUCGCCCCAGACCAGAAGAAGCAGGUCUUUUGACAACCUCGCCGCGGAUCCCGAAGACUACGCGGCCGAGAAGAACGACCUCGCCGGUCCAGAUGUGCCCGUGUCGCGCGAGGAAGAGGUGGACCUGACUCUACUGAAGCAUGACAGCGGGGUGGAGUCGGCCCUGCUGUACGCCAAAGCCUGGUCCAAGUACAUCAAAGACCUGCUGGCCUGGAUGGAGAAACGUGUGACCAUGGAUAUGGAGUAUGCCAAAAGUUACGCCAAACUGGCCGAGUCGGCCAGGUCCCUGGUGACGCAGCAGGACUACAUGCCCUUUAGCGACAUCUACAAUUCCACCUUCAAGAACAAUGUUGAAAACAACAAUCUGCUCAUGCAAAGCGCCCUGGCCCUUCAAACCAAUAAAUUCAUACAGCCUCUUCUUGCCCGAAAGAAUGAACUGGACAAGCUGAGGAAGGACCUCAAAGAGCAGUGGCAGAGGGAGCUGAAGAAAAUGCACGAGGCGGAAACAAGCUUGCGAAAGGCUCGGGGGCUGAAAGCCCAGAGGCGAGAAGAGUACCAGAAGGCCCGCUCGUCCACCAGCCGCUCCCUGGAGGAGCAGCCCAACGCGGGCAACAAGCAGCUGGAGAGGAAGAGGAGGCUGGAAGAAGAAGCCCUACAGAAGGCUGAGGAGGCCCAGGACCAGUACCAGUGCAGCAUGGCUGACGCGGGCGUCAGAAGGAUGGACCUGGCCAACGUCAAACGCACCAUCCUCACUCAGAUCAGAGAGACCAUCUUCCAGUGUGACCUCACCCUCAAGGCGGUGACAGUUAACUGGUUCCAGAUGCAGCACGCGCAGACGGCGUCGCUUCCUGCCCAUCACCAGGCGCUGAGCGACAGCGCCAAGCUGUACGAGCCCGGCGAGUGCUACUCGGAGUUUGUGCGCCGCCUCCCCCGCCAUUUGCCCAGGGAGCGCGUGCACUCCGACUCGGUCUCCUCUGACGGCGCCAGGUUCGUGUUCACAAAGCGUUCCGUGGGCAGCACACACUCGUCCCACGGCAACCUGUCCCAGGCCUCGCUCACGUCCGGCGACGUGCUCAGCGGGGACGAGGUGGACAGCCCGCUGCACCGCCGGCCGGGGAUGGCAACGCGCCGUUCCGACAGCAGCAACGACAUCCCAGGGCUGAGGGGCCAGCACCCCCCGACCCGAGGCUGGACCUCUGGGAGUCCGGGGAGCCAGGGAGGGAUGUGCAGUGACUCCGAGAGCGCGGGAGGGAGCAGCGAGUCCAGGUCCAUGGACUCGCCGUCUGCCAGUCCAGGCGACUUCAAGCGUCGUCUGCCCAGAACUCCAUCCACUGGCACCAUGUCUUCUGCUGACGACCUGGAUGAGCGAGAACCCAUGUCGCCUCUGGACAAUGGUCUGUCCGAGAUGGUGUCAGCCAGCUCGCCGGGGCCCUUCCGGAACACUCAGAUGUCCAAAGCGGCGCAGACGCACAAGCUGAGGAAACUCCGCGCGCUGUCCAAGUGCCGCGAGUGCGACAGCACGGUGGUCUUCCACGGGGCCGAGUGCGAGGAGUGCUCUCUGGCCUGCCACAAGAAGUGUCUGGAAACCUUGGCCAUACAGUGCGGCCACAAGAAGCUGCAAGGCAGGCUGCAGCUCUUCGGCAUCAGCUUCACCCAGGCUUCCAAAAACAGCGCCGACGGCAUCCCCUUCAUCAUCAAGAAGUGCACCUCCGAGAUCGAGAGCCGCGCCCUUGGCAUUAAGGGCAUUUACCGCGUGAACGGCGCCAAGUCGCGCGUGGAGAAGCUGUGCCAGGCCUUCGAAAACGGCAAAGACCUGGUGGAACUGUCAGAGCUGUCGCCGCACGACAUCAGCAACGUGCUCAAGCUCUACCUGAGACAGUUACCGGAGCCGCUGAUCCUGUACCGCUACUACAACGACUUCAUCGGCCUGGCCAAAGAGUACCAGCGGGUGGUGGUGGAGGAGGCCGACGGCCUGCAGAGCGGCGCCAAGUCGGGCCAGGAAGGCGACGCCAAGAAGUCCAGCGUGGAUCUCAACCGCGUGGUCCUGCGCAUCAGGGACCUGCUACGCCAGCUGCCCGCCGCCAACUACCACACGCUGCAUUUCCUCGUGGCGCACCUGAACAGAGUGGCGGAGCAAGCGGAAGAGAACAAGAUGACGGCGAGCAACCUGGGCAUCAUCUUCGGCCCCACGCUGGUGAAGCCGCGUCAGCCGGACGCCGAGGUGUCCCUGUCCUCCCUGGUGGACUACCCGUACCAGGCCCUGAUGGUGGAGCUGCUGGUGCGACACCUGGCGGUGGUCUUUGACGGCUCGGACGUCGCCGGCGCCGCCGCCGUCGUCGGGCGCACGUCGCCCCGCCUCACCCCCCAGGAGAAACUGCAGCGCCUCAACAGGCACUCCGCCUCCCUGACGGACAUCAAAGAGAGCGCCAAACCCUACAAGAGGUUCUCCUCCGUGAUCCCAUCCUCUCACAUCCUGGACGAGGUCCAGGAGGUCCAGCCGGGAACCGACCGGACGGAGUCCUCGGGCGGCGUCAACGGCGCCGACAAGGGGUCGGACCUCCGGAGAUCCGGGCUCACGUCAGGCCACGCCGCCUGUGCCGGCUCCCAGUCGUCGUCGUCUUCCCUGGUGUCGAAGGUCCAGCUGCGGGCAAACCGCACCCGACUGGCGUCCCGUCCCAUCAGCAUGCCUCUCGAGCGCCUCGCGACGCCGGCGGAGUGUGCCGACCCGGCGCCGGAACCCGUCGCGGAGACGCCGGAAGCGAAGCGGCCGGCGGUCCCCGCCGCCUCAUCGCGCGUCAGCGCCUGCUACAUCACGCCCUUCAUCGACACCCGGGCCUUGCAGCGGCGGACGUGGGACAGGAAGUACAAACAUUACGACGUCACGCCCAGGACCGCCAUGAUCGUGGCCAAGCUACCCGCCGCGGGCGCCACCGCCGCCACGCCGGCCGCUGCCCCGACCCCCGCCGGCACCGUCGGCACCGUGUUCCCCAACAGCCCCUUCGCCGUGUCCGUCAAACCCGCCUGGACAUUCAAGCGGGACGAUUCGUCGGCGAACUCGCCACUGACGCUCAGACCCCCGAGGACUCUCCAGCCCCCACCGGGGACCUUCUACAAGCCCCCCAUCAGCAGGGCCAGGACGCUCCCCGACUGGACCACAACCACCACAACCGCGAGCGCUACUACUCCCGCGGCAUCUCCCAGCCCCCCGCCGGCCCGCCUCCAGACACAGGACUCCAUCGACAGCGCCAUCGACCCCGGGGCGUCUUCCCUGUCACCCCCGCAGUCUCCGCCCCCCAGCAGCCCCGACGACCUCAGCCCCGGCGAGACGAAGGCCCUCUAUCAUAGACUGCGACCUCGGCGGCUCCAGGAGGUGGAGCACAGAGAGGCCCACUUUGUCUGACAAGUUUGGUUUUGGGACCCAAACAAGAUGACACUUUUGUACAAUAGCAUACCGUCAAAGUGUUCUAUGUGAUAAUAUAUUCUUAAUUCAUAAUUAAUCAUUCAGAACUAAACCACUGGAAGAAGGGAGAGCCUAUCAGUUUUACGUUCUUUGUCCCGAAGUUGGGUUUUACGGUCAUCCCACGAUGCACUUAAUGCAGUUUUUAUACUCUUCAGCUUUUUAAGCUAUUUUUUUUUUCUUUACCCCGCCGUAAAUGUUUUUCCAUACUUUUCUACCAAGGAGCAAUCGGGCCAAACAGACGGGGGGGGGGUGUUUAAAUAAAAUGUUUUUGAAUACAAAAAACUACAGUUUUUCAGACGGAAAGGGUAAAGAAAAAAAAGUUUCAAAAUGAGUAUUUUUAUGAACAAAUGUAAAAUUUUAUUAAGAAAAAAUGAAUUUGUGUAAAACAAGUCACAUUCCAUGUUUUUUUUCUGCAGGGAAAAAAAAAAGUCUUCAAAACUAAGGGGAAAUCAUUGCGCUACAGAAAAUGUCAUAUUUGCAAUGUAUAUGUUGUUGAGAAAAAAGUAUUUUUGUAAAGGUGUAUAUGCCACCCUCCAAAAAAAAUUCAUAUUUUGUCAAAUAACAUCCAAGUAUUUUUCUCAAAGAAAAAAAAAACAUUCAGAGGAAAAAAAAUCAUUGAGGAGAAAUAUCUUUUUUUGUAUGAGGUCAGUUCAUGUAUUUUUCAUGUAUUUAUACAAGCGGGAAAAAAAGUUUGUUUUUCAAAGUGAAAAUAAUUGUUUUCAGCCAAAAAAAAAUAACAGUAAUAGCAAUAUUUAUGAUGAGGGGAAAAAAGCGACCUUUUUAUAUUUUAAAAGAAGGAAAUGUUUUUUUAAGUAAACUCAUUAAAGAAAAUCUAUUAUGGAUGGAAAAAAUAAUUUUUUCAAGAGAAAUGUUAUUUUUCAAAGAAGACUUUUCAAAGACGUUGCAUAUGUUGAGAUUUUUUUUUAUAUUUUUAUUUCAUAAGUAAUAAGAUAAUAUAAACCAGAUUUUUAAUCUUGAAGAAAAAUCAAACUCAAUGAUAUUUUUUUUUUCUCAAAGCAGAAUUUUUUCCUUGCAAUAUUGCAACUUUUGGCUGUUUUUUUUUUACUUUGUGAAAAAAAAGUUAAAAAUCAUCUUUUGUUGAAAACAAAACAACUUUUAAUCGUGAGACUAGCCCAAAUUUACAUUUUUUUAAGAUUAUGACUUAAAAGACUUUUGAUCCUGAAAAACAUUUUCUUAUCGUCCCAACUUUUUUUUAAUUGAAAAAAAAAUACAUUUAUAACACAUUCAUAACACAGUGUUUUUAUAUUCCAUCUUUUUUUUCCAACAUAGUGGCUUUAAAAAGUAGUACAAGAAUAUUCAUAUAAUGUUCCUACCGUCUGAAUCGUUAUCCCCUCCCCCACAAAAAAAAAAUUACAACCUUUUAAACCAAAACAUGUUUUUUUUUCCCCGAGAAAAGAUAACAUUCGUUAUUUUGACAAGAAACUGAAUUCCGGUUUCUCCUCAUCAAAUAAAAACAUCUGUUGAAUGAACGCAACUUUAUUUAUUCUGUGACUAUUUUCACUUAGGUCAUCUUUUUUCCUUCAACUUUAUUCCUUCCGACAUUUUUUCCCCUCUUUUCCGUGUGACCCUCCAUCACUCCUCGGUAGUACUGCAUACUGUAUGUACGUCUCGUUCGUGAAGCGUCUUCGCGGAUUGCAGUUUUCAUCUCAGUCCUCCUUCGUAACUGCACGUAUUUGGCGACCCCGCAGAUUAAAAAUGUUGUCCCCCCCCCCCACCUUAAUGCGUGUGUUUAUAUUUGACAAAUCGUGAGCGCGCGUCUGUUGGUAUUUAAUUUCCACUCAGGAAAUAUUGCUCUACAAAAAAAAUGAGAGAUAAUAAUGUUUACUUUUGAUUGGGGUAUUAAUAUUAUUUAAUGUUCAUUGUUGUGUUUUGUUUAAUUGGGGGGGGUACUUGCCAUUGUUUUUUUUUUUACAGGCUUUUUUUUUUAAUCUUGGAAAAAGCAUGACUGAUUUUAUAUCUAGAAACAAUAUGACAAGCCACAUCGAGAAAAUAUUUUCAAAUGUAUCUUGAAAAAAGGAUUUUCUCGUGUUGUGGAAUUUUACGUCGGAAGAACAACAACAAAAAAUACACUCAUCAGGAAAGAUUACUGCUUUUUCUAAAUUUUUCUUAUGAACUUUUUCAUGACUUUUUCGUCAUGAUAUUAUAACAUUUUUCUUAAAUACAACCAAUAAGACGCAAAGGGAAAAUGUGUCCCCACAUUUUGACUAAAAUCUUUUUUUUUUUAAAUACCUUUUUGCUCAUAGUACGUCUUUUCAUCUCAUUAAAAAAUACUGCUCCUACUUUAUACAGAAAAAAAAAUUAUCUUGAAAAGAAUCAAACUUUUUCCGAAAAGUCAGCUUUUUAAAAUGACUUUAAUAUUACAACUUUAACUCUGGCGGGGGGAAAAAAAGACAUUUUACCUUGAAGAUAUUUUUUUCAUAAUGCCUUUUCAAUCAAACAUUAAAAACGACAUCGAGAAAAAAUAAGAUAUAUCAAAAUAUUUUUGAGAAUGUAACCUUUUUUCCCCUUAAUAGUUUGUCGAGAAAAAGAUCCUGAAAUGAUGUGAAAACAAAAAAAAUUCAGAAAUGAACUUUUUAAAAUGAACUAUCAUGAUAUAACAACUUUGUUUUUAUGAAAGAAGCAGUAAAAACAUUUAAUAUUUGACUUUUUUUAAAUUAAAAACAGCUAUAUCUACAAAAAAAAGUUGUUUUUGUCCUAAAAUGAGAGUACAUGAAAAAGAAAACAAAGUUAUUUUAUGUUAUUAUUAAAAGAAU